AAAACACAAAAAAAAAAACCACACAACACGUAAAAACACAUAUUCUUUUGAAUAUCCCGCCAGCAACAUGAAAUUCCGAUCAUGGAUUUCAUCUUCUUCCUCCGUCAACACCACCGCAGACCACCCUGUUCCGCCACCAAAAGGGGUGUUUACCGAUGAUGCAAGUAACUUCUCCGAUUUACCCAGUAGUACUACUUCACCAUCAUUAUUUUCUCAAGAAACAAAUUCUCUCAGCAGUUUACAAAGCAAUCUCUCCCUUUUAACUUUACCUUCUGUUCCUUCUCUCCAAAAUCUCUCUCCUGGAACUUUAAACCUCGCUAUCUCCGCUCGNUGCUUAAAUUCUCUGAAUCCCAGAAAUGCUCAUGUCACUUUCCUUGCUAUGCAUAACAAUCUGUUAUAUGCAGCUUCCUCAAAUGAAAUCAACGUUUUCGAACUCACAAAUUUCACACUUAUCGAUACUUUCAAUAACAAAGACCCAUCUUCUGGUUUUGCAAAAUCUGUUACUUUCCUCGACGGUAAAAUCUUCACUGCCCAUCAGGAUUGUAAAAUCCGGGUAUGGAAAUUAACACCCAUGAAGCAGCAUAACCUAAUCGCAACUCUCCCGACCCUUGAGGACCGAUUACGCCGAUUUGUGUUUCCGAGUAGUUAUACAAAUGUGAGAAGACACAAGAAAAAAAUGUGGAUCGAACACCAUGAUGCUGUUUCUGGGUUAGCUGUGAAUGAGAAUUUGAUGUGCUCUGUUUCGUGGGAUCGGUGUUUGAAAAUUUGGGGAGGUUCGAAAUUACGGUGUAUUGAAUCGAUUAAAGCUCAUGAUGAUGCGAUUAACGCUGUUGUAGUAGGGAAGGACGGAACAAUUUUUACAGGUUCGGCUGAUAAACGGAUUCGAGUUUGGGGGAAACCGUAUGCAGAGAAGAAAGGUAAAAUCGGGUUAAUUGCGACGUUGGAGAAGCAUAAAUCGGCUGUGAAUGCAUUGGCGUUAAGCUCCGAUGAGUCUGUGUUGUUUUCCGGCGCCUGUGACCGAUCGAUUUUGGUGUGGGAAAGAGAAGACAGUGCGAAUUACAUGGUGGUUACUGGUGCAUUGAGAGGUCAUACGAAGGCGAUACUGUGUUUGAUCAACGUUUCUGAUUUGUUGUUUAGUGGAUCGGCGGAUCGAACGGUGAGGAUUUGGACACGUGGGAAUCAGGGACAGUUCUGUUGUUUAACGGUACUUGAUGGACAUCGGACACCGGUGAGGUCAUUGGUGGCGGCGCCGGCAGUGGCUGCGGAAAGCGGUGGAGCUAAUGGUGGUGUUAAGUUGUUUAGUGGAAGCUUUGACGGAGAAAUUAAAGUGUGGCAAAUUGUGGUUUCUAGUUCAAGUGGAGGUCCUCUCAUAUCGUGAUAUUUGUAUUUUUUUUUUUUUUCUCAAUUUAGAAUUUUAGAAAAUAGAUUUUAUGUACUAACAAGUUUUUUAUUUUUAUUUUUA